CGAGAAUGUCACUGUCAUGUAUCUGAACGUAGAGUAUAACUACGAAGAUCCUAUUUUGGUAUCGAAACGAUAUGUCGACAAUGGUGGCUUUAGUACAUACUCGCUUGUUCCGUACACGUUGCCUCAGAGCGAAUAUAUCCCGCCCGUAGGCUCGAUCAUGUGCGGAAAACUCUCUCUGUGGUGGAAAUCUCCAUGUCAGCGCUACUGUUCUCACGAUCCUGAGAAGCUGUCAACGAAACGUAUGUAUGCUGUUGGAUACAAGCCUAGCGGCAUCGUUCAUAGUAUAACACAUCUAAAGAAUGGUGAUGUGAGUGUCAAAGUGAAGAGCUUUCAGGUAUUACAAGACGGCGAUAAGCUGUCUACAUAUCAUGGCCAGAAAGGUGUAGCCGUGAUCACGCCAUACGAGUCUAUGCCUGUGGCAUAUAGCGAGAAACAUGGUAAUAUCAUCCCAGACGUGGUGGUUGCGAUGUCAUCUAUCGUGACACGGCAGACUAACGGUCAAUUGUAUGAAUCUGCGCUAGCGCUGUCGUUGCUUCACAGAGGGUCAUCUAGAUGCCACGUCGUGAAACCUGGCGAAGUCGUAGAUAUAGACGAUGAAUUCAACGUGAUCAAUCCUAUCAGUGGUCGCCACUAUACGACUCUCGUCUAUGAUAACAGUGGAGAAAUGAAGCGUGUGGUGGCACGAGUAUCAAUUGGCGUUGUACGCAUGUUCAAUCAAACGCAAAUGUCGCGGGAGCGGCAUCAUGUGUCGCAUGCAAAAGUCUCUAAGUAUACAUUGCGUACUCCCGAGGGCCGCAGCCGCGGCGGCGGCGUUGCCUGGGGCGAAAUGGAGGCUCAGAUAUCAUCCGCUGCGGGCUACCAGCACACCAACGAGGAAAUAGAGAGUCGAGGCGACAGAGACGUCGCAACGCGUUGCCUCAAGUGCCAGCGCCUAGGGCUGCUGUGCCCUUGCACUACAGAAGCAUACCACGUUCUUGUUACCGGUCCGUACGACCUUGUGACAGUUGACGUUCUAACAGCGAUUAUAUACAAUGCCUCUUUUCAAUACGAGCUGGCGCCGGAGUUAUGAACAACACGAUAGACCGAGACGCAGGCGACAUCGACGACAUACUACCAGCCUGGAGACUACAAGCGAUCAGAAACUACAAAUUGACAUUGGCGAGGC